CAUCUAAUCCUCCAUCUCCUCUAGUCUAUGUUCGUGAAAAGAAAGGAUCCAAAAGAGGCCAAACAAUGCAUUUAUCUAUAGAGGAUUUGGUUAACUGGCUUGCGAAUCCUAAGAUAAAAAAUAACCCAACUAUUAUUAAUAAAAAGGUCCCAAAAACAGAUAUAGAAUGGUUUGAUUUAAUGGAAGAGUCUUCUAGUAAAUGGCAAAAGAAAACCAAAGUAUCCCAACCAAUAGAAGAAGAUUCUGAAGCAGAAUUUGGCCCGACUACUCAAGAAACCCCAACUCCUGAAAUCAUUGACCAAAGAGAUGAGUCUGAAAAAGAUCCAAAAGAUUUAGAUAAAAAAGUACCUUGGCCGGUUUCGUUUCCAGAUAAAGAAUGGCAUCGGGAAGUAUGGCAAAAGGGUAUUCAAACAGCAAAAGACAUGUUUAAAGUAGAUGGUGCUGAAUAUGCUUUCUCAACCUGGUUUGCGGAAAUAGAAUCCAAAAAAUAUGAAGCUGGGAUGACCGAAGAGCGAGCCCAAGAAAUUUUAAAUGCAAUUGACAAUGGCGAGUUCUUAAUAAGGGUAAAAUUUAUUAGAAAUGAUUCU